CGGCGGCCAGACAAAGAUGAGGAUCGGGACCGCUUGAAAGUGGGGGAAAGUGCCGGCGCCUCCGCCACCGGGGAAAGCCGCUCCGCAGCGCCGAGGCCAUUCGCCACCCAAGACACCUGGGGGAGCCGGGAGCCAGCACUGGGGCGCGCGGCCCGGGGCAUGAGGCUGUGAAGGCCACCCACUCCCCACCCCACCCCCGGCAGCCUAGCGCCAGGCCAGCGAUCAUCCGAGGACUUGACCGGCUGAGUCUUGGUCCGGACCGGACUCGCCCGGCGGCGGCCGAGAUAAGAGGCGGAGCGCAGCAGCGGGGCCCGGGGGCCCGAGGGCCGGGGGCCCAAAGGGAGGGCAGGGCGGCCCGAGCCGCCGGGGCGCUAUGAUGGUGCACUGUGCCGGCUGCGAGCGGCCCAUCCUCGACCGCUUUCUGCUGAACGUGCUGGACCGCGCGUGGCACAUCAAAUGCGUUCAGUGCUGCGAGUGCAAGACCAACCUCUCGGAGAAGUGCUUCUCGCGCGAGGGGAAGCUCUACUGCAAAAAUGACUUCUUCAGGCGCUUUGGCACUAAGUGUGCAGGCUGUGGGCAAGGCAUCUCGCCCAGCGACCUGGUGCGCAAGGCCCGCGGCAAAGUGUUCCAUCUCAACUGCUUCACCUGCAUGGUGUGCAACAAGCAGCUGUCCACGGGCGAGGAGCUCUACGUCAUUGACGAGAACAAGUUCGUGUGCAAGGAUGACUACUUGAGCUCCUCCAGCCUCAAGGAGGGCAGCCUCAACUCAGUGUCAUCCUGUACGGACCGCAGUUUGUCCCCGGACCUCCAGGACCCUCUUCAGGACGACCCCAAGGAGACGGACAACUCGACGUCGUCGGACAAGGAGACGGCCAACAACGAGAACGAGGAGCAGAACUCGGGCACGAAGCGGCGCGGCCCGCGCACCACCAUCAAAGCCAAGCAGCUGGAGACGCUCAAGGCUGCCUUUGCCGCCACGCCCAAGCCCACGCGCCACAUCCGCGAACAGUUGGCGCAGGAGACCGGCCUCAACAUGCGCGUCAUCCAGGUGUGGUUCCAGAACCGACGGUCCAAAGAACGCAGGAUGAAACAACUGAGCGCGCUGGGCGCCCGGAGACACGCCUUCUUCCGGAGUCCGCGGCGCAUGCGUCCGCUGGGCGGCCGCUUGGACGAGUCUGAGAUGUUGGGGUCCACUCCGUACACCUACUACGGAGACUACCAAGGCGACUACUACGCGCCCGGAGGCAACUACGACUUCUUCGCGCACGGCCCGCCGUCGCAGGCGCAGUCCCCGGCCGACUCGAGCUUCCUGGCGGCGUCGGGGCCCGGCUCGACGCCGCUGGGCGCGCUGGAGCCGCCGCUCGCCGGCCCGCACGCCGCCGACAACCCCAGGUUCACCGACAUGAUCUCGCACCCGGACACGCCGAGCCCCGAGCCGGGCCUGCCCGGCGCGCUGCACCCCCUGCCCGGCGAGGUGUUCAGCGGCGGGCCCAGCCCGCCCUUCCCCAUGAGCGGCGCCAGCGGCUACAGCGGACCCCUGUCGCAUCCCAACCCCGAGCUCAACGAGGCCGCCGUGUGGUAAGGCCGCGGGGCCGGGCCGCCCCCGGACGCAGCCGCCCGAACCGCCACGCCGC